AUGGCGUUUCUGCAGAUCACAGGGGUGGGAGGGAAGCGUGUGGUCUUCAUGGGCGACGACACCUGGGCCGGCCUCUUCCCCGGCGCCUUCACCCGCGCCCACUUCUUCCCCUCCUUCAACGUCAAGGACCUCCACUCUGUCGACGACGCCAUCCUCCAACACCUCUACAGCACCGUGGACGGCGGAGAGUGGGACCUGCUGAUUGCUCACUUCUUGGGCGUGGAUCACUGUGGCCACAAGCACGGGCCGGAUCACCCCGAAAUGCGCAGCAGGCGGAACACCAGGGCACGGGGGGGCCUCCCGUCUUUGGUUGACCACCUGGCGAAUGACACGCUGCUCAUUGUGGCAGGGGACCACGGCAUGACGAGCACCGGGGACCACGGAGGAGACAGCGAGGAGGAGGUCGAUGCCGCUCUCUUUGUGUACAGCAAGGCCCCCCUCUUCCAGGACCCGCCCCCUGAGGUCAGCCGCUUCCUGCACUCCUACUCGCUGGCUGCCCAGGACCUCCCGGCAGAGAAGCUGCAGCGUCUCCAGGAUCAGUUCUCCUCCGCCGUGGAGGACUACGAGAGGCUCCUGGCCCAGGCUGGCCCUCUGGCACUGUCCGAGGUGGAGCUCCUGCGGAGCCGCUUCCGGCGAUACCUGCGGGAGGCCCGGGCCGUGUGCGCAGAGUCCUGGGCCCGCUUCCAGCCCGUCUGCAUGGUGGCCGGCUGUGCCCUCCUGGCCUCUUCCUGCCUGCUGUGCUGGCUGGCCUCCCGGGCCCCGGCCUCCGCCUCGAGCACCUCCUUUCGGCACCUCCUCUUCUACCCUCUGCUGUGGGGCUUGGCGGGGGCUGCUGUGCUGGGCCUGGCUCAUCUCUGGGGCUGGGUUGGAGCGGACUUCAUCUGGGUGUCUGCCUGGGCCGCGGCGGCCUCCCAGUGUGGGUUCUUCUUGCACUGCUGGGAGAGGUGGCCCUGGAGGCCCCGCCCUGCCGGUGCCCGCCUCUCCUCCGGAGGUGCCAGCCUGAGACCGUGGGCGCGGGUGGGCCCGGCUCUCCCCUUGGGCAUCCUCCUGGUCCGCUGCGGGGCGAUGCUGUCGGACAGCUUUGUGAUGGCCGAGGACAGGGUGGCGCCUUUCCUGCUCGUCUCCUCGGCGCUGCUGCUGGUCGUGCGGCUCCACUGGGAAGGGCGGCUGGAGGACUCGCCCGCGUCCUGGCGGCUGCUCGGCUGGCUGGGCGUCACCUUCGCCUGCGCGCGCCUCUCGGGGCUUUUCCGGCAGUGCCGCGAGGAGACCCCCCACUGCCAGUCCUCCCCCCUCCUGGCCCCGCUGUCCAGCUUGCAGGACCCACGAGCCAAGAACUUCUGCUACGUGCUCUGCGUGGCCGUGCUGGUGGCCCUGGCGUGGGGGGUGCGUGCCUGGCUGCGCCACUACGGCAACCUGAACAGCCCCAGCGCCCCGGUGCUCUUUGUGCGCUGGGGGCUCCCCCUGGUGGCCAUCUGCAUCGCCGGCUACUGGGCCAUCACCUCUGGGGCCGAGGAUGCCCUGGUGAGGUCCCACGCGUGGGUCCAGCUGGCCCUGGUGGCCUUCCCGCGGAGCGUCUUUGUCCUGCUGGCGGCGGGGCUCCUCCUGCUCCUGGGGGACCCCGUGACGGUCUUUGUGCAGGGCAGCCGGGGCGCGGCUGGGACGGGGGGACCCAUCCUGCUCCCCAGUUCCCAGGAGGAGCUCCGGCAGGUCAUCCCCCAGCUCUACCGCCGGAUGCAGGAGUCCCUGAAGAGCCGGCUGCAGGAGGAGGAGGAGACCACCGGGGCGGAUGGCCGGGCCACCGUGGCCGCCUACGGACUGGGCAGCGUCUACUCGGCCGCCCUCCUCAUCUGCCUGGCCCUGCAGGGCUUCCUCUUCCUGGUGCUGCACAGCGAGCGGCUCAGCCUGGCCUUCCUGCUGCUCUUCCUCGAGGCCUACGCCUUGCUGGGGAUGCACUCCGCUGCCGUGGCCCUCGCCUCGCCCGCCGAUCCCUUCGCAGUGCCCUGGGAGGCCCUGAUCAGCUGGGCCCUUGCGUCUGCUCAGUUCUUCUAUGCCACAGGCCACCAGCCCGUCUUCCCAGCCAUCCACUGGAAUGCCGCCUUUGUCGGGUUCCAGCAGGGGCACGGUGCCAACCUGAUGCCAGCUCUCCUGGUCGGGGCCAACACCUUCGCCUCGCACAUCCUCUUUGCAGUGGGCUGCCCGUUGCUUCUGCUGUGGCCCUUUCUCUGUGAGACGCCCGGCUCCAGGAGCAGCAAGACGCCGAAGAGCAGGGCGGGCGACAGCGAGGAGCAGCUGAUGGAGAUGAGGCUGCGGGAAGCGCCGGAGCGGUUUGCGGCAGCGCUGCUGCAGCUGGGGCUGAAGUACCUGCUCAUCCUGGGGCUCCAGAUGCUGGCCUGUGUCUUGGCGGCCAUGAUCCUCAGAAGGCAUCUCAUGGUGUGGAAGGUGUUUGCCCCAAAGUUCCUCUUUGAGACCCUGGGCUUUGCGGUGAGCAGCCUCUUCCUCCUCUUGGGCCUCGGCCUCGUGAUGCGCGUGGACGGUGCUGUCAGCCGGUGGUUCAAGCAGGUCAUCCUGGCUCAGCCCAGGUAGCACAAGAAGAAGGGGAGGAGAGAGCCGGCCAUGGGAGCCCCAGGAGGCUUCAAGGGAUGCCGGCGCUGCCAGGAACAAGGACUCCGCUGGCUGGGUCGUGUCGACCAGGAAGGAGCUCAGUUAUAUUCUCCCCCAUCCGGGGCAGCUGGCUGGACUUGGGCUCCCAUUGUCAGUGACCCAGGCUGUGAGGCUGGGCGAAGACACCCCAUCCCUCCUCUGCUUUGGAAGGGGAGCCGCCCCACACUCCCGAGGGGUCCUGUGACCUGACACGCCGCUCGCUGCCCGUGGGAAUCACUGUGAAAUGGGCUUCUGCGCUGUGGGAAAUACAGGGGUCUAAAGUGAGCGUUCUUCUCGCCAAGUGUAUCGCUGGGGCGCUGGUCCUUGGAUGCCUGCCACGUCUUUCCAACGAUUGCCUUGGGGUCCUUCGUGAGGCCUGAGUCUGGGAACCAGCCACUGCGAGGGGCGAGGUUGGCAGGAGGGUUUGUGUGUGUGUGUGCGUUGGGGUGGCUUUGGUGAAAUAGAUCGGUGCAGCCACUGAGGUGCUCUGCGAAGACUAGGAAAAGGCUAGAAGAAGUCCACAGUUCCUGCCCCCGGGUGUUUUCGCUUAGGGCUGGGGAUGUGGCCGAGAGAGUCGGGACCAGAUGACCUUCCCAGCCUGGCUUGUUCUCUCUCCUCCGCACUGUGUCUGGC